UGUAAAAAUCUCUUAAACAAAAAAAGAGUGGCAAUAUCUCGUACAAUAAUACAAUUGGCUCCGGCGGUUAGUUUAAGCUUUUCGAAAUGAUUUAAAUUUAGUUUCUCGUCGAUUUUCAACGCGUUCGCAAGCCAAAAACAGUGCCCAGAAUCUGCGCCGUGGUCGCAUGGCAGCGCGAAAGAGAUGCAGCUAUCCGCCGUAUAGGUAUUUCGAGAGCUCGACGAUCGGCGGUUAUAUUAAAGAUAUAUAAAUAUACAUAUGUAUGCUCGGGCCUGUGUGCGUGCCAGUGAUUCAAGUCAAAAAUUCAAUUUGGAAACAAUUGAAAUUAUUGUAAACAAAUAAUAUUUGGUAAUCCCACCGAGAGAGCGAUUGAUCCAUCGACGUAUAUAUAUAUUUCGAAAACGUCUUGCAUUUGAAGUCCGCUGGGAUGAUUUGUGUAUGUGAAGUGCGCUGCCAUUCAGAAGGAAAAAGAACACAAUGCUAUUUAUAAAACACAGCUAAUUUUUUGGCCGUAAAUGUUGUGAAUUAAGUGUGAAUAUUCCAAAAUUGACACAGCGAGCAAAAGGUGAGCGGGGAUUUGCCGACCAAAGUGAUCAAAGGAUAAUAAGGAUUUAGGAUCGCGAAAUCAGCCGUAAUUGCAAGGCACAGGAAACGCCAAUCCGGACGGGUUACGCAACAGCCCAGCUGAAAUCGCUGUGGUAAACGAAAAAUUCCGCACGCCUCGCGGCCACAUCCACAUCGUAUCACUCUCACAGUGUCCACAGCGGAUCGUCGUGCCUUUGGAGAAAGAGCGGAUGCGGAUGCUGGCCUGGUCCUGGUCCAAUUCCCAGUCGUCCAGCCGCUAAUUAUUCUAAAUGCGGAAGUAUUUUGUGUGAGUUGUCGCUGGGCGUUCUAAAUUAAGUCGCACAUUUUGCAAAAAACGAAAAGCUGCUAAGUUGUACGAGAACAGAUGCAUCAUCUAUAUCCAUCGCUGAAAGGCGAUCAGCUCUGCCCCCUCGGCUUUCAUCCACAGACUCGGUAUCCAACGCGAUGUAAGCGCUGUUUCCGGGAUUACAAGGAGCAUGGAGCCCGGAGGGCGGGCGAAGAGGUGGCCGCCUCCUCGCCCAAUCUAUCCGAUGCCCAGAGUUCGCGACCCACUUCCCGGACGUGGACUUCAACGCAAAAUCUUACCAGCGCGAAUAUAACCAACGGCAAUGAUAUAGUUGUCCACUUCAAUGUAGAGCUGAGGAAGCGUCCGCAGUCCUGGGCCUCUACGCCGGACAUUGACGAGCCGGACGAUGCCGGGCGCCGUCCGCAGCCAGCGGUCCCUAGCCGAGCAACCGUUGCCGAGGAUAACAAUGUGGCCGUCACUGUCAAGCUGCCGGUGCCGCCGCGGCGUCACACAACUGCCUUGGACAUUAAGGAGGUGGAACACGCUCUUACACCGUCAACCCGUGUCACAUCCUCGCCCAGUAAAACUUCAAGUAUUCCAGAUGAGUUAGUCAUCCUGUCGACAGACAGUCUAGCCGAGCGUGUCCGAAAAAUGAAUCUCCUCAAGAAGCAACGCAGUCUGAACUCCCGAGAAAACAGUCGCGAGCGAUCCGUUCCGCGGAGAGAUGAGGAAACCGAGUCCACUGCAUCCACUGCGCCAGCAGUUCCUGAUCGACCUGAGCGCAGUAAGUCGGGAACUUCGUUGAAUCAGACUCCACAAGCUGAGCUGAAACGCGCCGCGCUGCCACCAAAAAAAGUGGCGGUGGCUGCGGCCACGACAACAACGGCGUCCAGCAGCAGUGGAACCAGCAACCUGAAGACCACAACAUCCGUCUCUAGUGAAGUGAAGGUAGCUGCAUCUUCAAGUUCCAGUUCGGUGCGUCGCAAGGAAGCGGAUGUUGCCGUGGCCAGCAAGGAAAUUAAAAGACAAACCGUACCCGCUGCAUCAUCAUCCCACACCUCCUCCAACCACACAACCACUCCCAGCACGCCGGCCAAGUCCCAGGAUGCCCAGGCCAUGCAGGAGCAAAUGAAAUUGCUGCGAACGGAGUUGGAGACGAUGAAGGUACGGGCAGAGAGAGCGGAGCGCGACAAAAGCGAUAUCCUGCUGCGGCGUCUGGCCUCCAUGGAUACCAGCACCAAUCGGACAGCUGCAUCUGAGGCCCUAAAUCUCCAGCAGAAGCUAAACGAAAUGAAGGAGCAGCUGGACCGAGUCAGCGAUGACAAGCGCAAGCUGAACCUUCGGAUGAAGGAGCUGGAGAGCAAGGGCAGCGAGUCCGAGCUCAGGCGGAAGCUGCAGGCCGCCGAGCAGAUUUGCGAGGAGCUGAUGGAGGAGAACCAGUCUGCCAAGCGGGAGAUACUCAAUCUGCAAGCCGAGAUGGACGAGGUGCAGGACACGUUCCGCGAUGACGAGGUGAAGGCAAAGACCAGCCUGCAGAAGGAACUUGAGAAGGCCACCAAGAACUGUCGCAUCCUCAGCUUCAAGCUAAAGAAGAGCGACCGCAAGAUUGAGACGCUGGAGCAGGAGCGCCAGAGCUCCUUCAACGCCGAACUGAGUGCGAAGGUCAAAAAAUUGGAGGAGGAGCUGCGAUUCUCUAGUGAGCUCACCAGGAAGCUGCAGACCGAGGCCGAAGAGUUGCGAAACCCUGGGAAGAAGAAGGCGCCCAUGCUAGGUGUUCUGGGCAAGUCGACAUCGGCGGAUGCCAAGAUCACCAGAGAGUCCCUCACGCGUGGAGGCUCACAGGAAGAUCCGCAGCACUUGCAGCGCGAGCUACAGGACUCCAUUGAGCGGGAGACGGACCUAAAGGACCAAUUAAAAUUCGCCGAAGAGGAGCUUCAGCGACUCAGGGAUCGGGAUCGAGAGCGAAAGCGGGUUAGAUUCAGUUGUGGCACUCAGACCUUUCACGAAAUGCAAUCUGAAUUGGUGGCUUUCCCUCGAGGCACUCAGACCGAGGCCUUGGUACAGAGUGAUGUGUCCACCAGUAUGGAGAACUGGGUGGCCACAAAAGAGGGUGUCACCCAAACUGAUCUAGAACGAGAGAUUACGCCGUCGCCAUUUAUGGGGCUUUUCCCAUCAUCAUCAUCAUCGUCGCACUCGAGAGUUGGUCAAUCCAAUCGCUCCCUACUCUUUCCCAGCGCCAUUUCGCAUGUCCUUCUGAGUGGAGCAGGUCGUAAGCUCAGCCCCACCCCGCAUCCUCAUCGCCUCGCUCCCGAGGUCCAGGCCGAUCGCGACGAGGGAAUCUCCGACGAGGAUGACCCUGCCGAGCUGAGAAUUCUGCUGGAGCUGAACGAGCAGGAGGCCUCCAUACUGCGCCUCAAGGUGGAGGAUCUGGAGAAGGAGAAUGCCGAGUCCAAGAAGUAUGUGCGUGAGCUUCAAACCAAGCUGCGGCAGGACAAUUCCAGUUCCAGUGGCAGCAAGAGCUCUCUUCUCAGCUUCGGAACGUCUCCGAGUGCGGCCGAAAAGAAACUGAAGACCCUCAACGAGGAGCUGAGCCUGCUGCGAAAGACGCUGCAGGAGAAGGAGCAGGCGGCUGAGUCUCUCAAGGACCAACUCAGCAGAUUGAGCACACUGGAAACCGAAAACGACAAGUUGGCCAAGGAGAAUAAGCGGCUCCUGGCUCUGCGCAAGGCCAGCGAAAAGAACGGCGAGGUGGAUGCAAAGAUGAAGGAAUCUCUGGCAGUGGCCCAGCGGGAAAGGGAUGAGCUGACUGCUCGGCUGAAGCGGAUGCAGUUGGAAGCGGAUGCCAAGCUGCCAGCUCGCACUGCCAAAAGGGUCAACGAUCUGACGCCCAAGAGCCAUCUUAAGAAAUGGGUGGAGGAGUUGGAGGACGAGAUCAGCGAGAUGCGGGUAAUGCUCAGCUCCAGUGGAACUGAUCAGCUCAAGGCCCUACAAACAGCCAAGGGGAGUCUUGAGGAAGAGGUGCAGAAAUAUAAACAGAAGCUGACCCUGGCCGAGGGCGACGUCCAGCGAUUGAAGCUUCUCAAUGGCACCAGCAGCAAGGUCAACGAGCUGGAACAGAAGCUCAAGCGCAGCGAUGAGGAUGCCAAGAAACUUAACUCGAAGCUCAAGGAUUUGGAGGAGAAGCUCAAAAAGCAGGACGUUCAACUGAAGCAGACUGAGGUGAACAAGUCCAGUUUGGAGACGCAGAGCAAGCGGGAGAAGGAGAGGCUAUCGGGCCUGGAGAAGGACUUGGAAAAGCAAGGCAAGGAAAAGGAGAAGCUGGAGGCCAAGAUCACCCAACUGGACGCGGAUCUACUCAGUGCCAAGAAGACAGCCGAGAAGAACAAAUCGAGCUUGGAAAAGGAGAUCAAGGAUCUCAAGGCCAAGGCCAGCAAGUCAGAUAGCAAGCAAGUGCAGGAUCUCAAGAAGCAAGUGGAGGAGGUCCAGUCCUCGCUAAGCUCGGAGCAAAAGCGCUACGAGGACCUCAACAACCUGUGGGAGAAACUCUCCGAGGAAACUAUCCUGAUGCGGGCCCAACUCACCACCGAGAAGCAGAGCCUUCAGGCCGAGCUGAACGCCAACAGGCAGAAGAUCUCCGAGAUGGACACCAUCCGAAUCGAGCGCACCGACAUGGCUCGCAAGUUGAAUGAAGCUCAAAAGAAGAUCGCCGACCUGCAGGCCAAAGCCCUCAAGACCUCCAAUGGCAAUGGCGGCGAGUACGAGCGCACGGUUCUCAAGAACAAGCUGUCGGAGAAGGAGCACGAGUAUGAGCGGCUGCGCCGAGAGAACGAGAUGAACAUCGACCUGGUAUUCCAGCUCCGUAAGGAUAACGACGAUCUCAAUGGCAAAUUGAGCGAUUACAACCGGAUCGAGCAGGCCCAGCUAUCGUUGAAUGGCCAUGGAGCGAGACGAGAUGCUGAGAUCAGGGAUCUGAAGGACCAAUUACAAAACACUGAGCUUCAAAUGAAGUCUGAGGUGGCUACCACUCGACUGCGGUACGAGCAGCAGGUGAAGAACCUCAGCGGAGAACUGAACUCAAUGCAGCGCCAAUGUGAACGCUUCAAGAAAGAUCGAGACGCCUUCAAGCAGAUGCUGGAAGUGGCGCAGAAGAAGAUCGGGGAUCUGAAGGCCAACAACACGGGCAGACAAAGUCGUGGUUCCAUGCACAGCAGCGAUGACGAUGACAAGAGCAAGAUCGCCUACUUGGAACAGCAGAUUGGUCAUCUGGAGGAUCAGCUGGUCGAGUCCCGGCUAGAGUCCAGCAAGGUCAAGACCGAACUUGUCUCCGAGCGCAGUGCCAACGAGAUCAAAAUCUCCGAGAUGCAAUCGAAGCUGAACGAGUUCGAAGAGGAACGGGUCAUCGGAUCGGGCAGCACCAAGUUGCCGGGCAUGAAGACUAAGCUGGAGUUGUCCUGGCAGAAGGAGCGGGAGGAUCAGCAGCGUCUGCUGCAGGAGACCUCCACUCUGGCCCGAGAUUUGCGCCAGACCCUCUUUGAAGUGGAACGCGAGCGGGACAAGGAGCGGCUGGAGUCCAAGCGAAAGUUGGACCAAAUCAAGCGCGCCACCGAGGAGGAAAUGGAGGAGGGACGCAAAAAGAUUGCCGAGCUUCAGUGCGAUCUGCUGGAGCUGCGCGAUGUCCAUGCCAAACUGCGUACCUCCAACGAGAAGUUAAGGCGCGAGCGUGAACGCUACGAAAAGGAACUGAUCAAGAGACGCAUGGAGGCGGAUGGCGGCGACCGAAAGGUGGGGGCUCUUUUGCAAACUGUUGACGAGCUAGUGAAGAUCGCUCCUGACCUUAAAAUGGUGGGCAGCGGAGGAUCCUCGCGAGGCGGCACCGGAUACGAUAAGAACUUGCGUCCAGAACAGCCGGAUGUGCGGCGCAGUCGAUCGCCCUCGCCAACGCUUAGCAGCUCACAAAUCACCAAUGUCCUGGCGCGAUUGGCUGAGGCGUCCGAGGAGUUGCGAAAGUUCCAGAGGCUAAACGAAGACGAACAGGAGCGGAGCCGGAUUCGACGCGGCAAUUUGCGACGAGCUGCCUCGCAGGAAAACGAUCACCACGGCAGCACUAGCUCGGUGGCCAGUGCAGCGGGCUCACAGCGCGGCGGGAAUCGCGUCUCCCGGAAUUCGUCCAAUAAUGGCAGCCUGAUUCGAAAGAGCCUCUCACUGGAUCACUCCAUACAGAGGGAUCAGAACAUUUGGCGCCAGGACGAUGGCAGUGUGUCCUCAAUGCAAUCUAUUGACUCGGAGCUAGGCGGCCUGGUCCGAGACUCCAGCUUGGAUUCACGACUCGAUUCGCGUCUAUCGGGAGGAUCCACCCAGAGCGAUUUACCCCGGGGACCUCGCAAAAAGAAAAAGGGCAUCAUGGGCAAGCUGCGCAGCCUGACCAAGAGCAGUCGCAAUUCCGAGAGUGAAAUAUCAAUUCAAGGAUCUGAUUCAGACAUCAGCGUUGCCAGCGAUAUGAGGUCGAGCAAAAAGGAUCUGCGUGGCCGGCUUUCCGGGAUGUUCAAGCGCUCCGGCUCUAAUUCACGCAGCGAGAGCAUGGAACGAGCUGGGUCCGAGCAGAGACCCGUGGCCGUUACAGUCGUGGGACAUCCGGAUGGACCACAGCCUCGCGAGCCGCCACCUGCCAAUUCCCUUACACCGAGACCGAUACGUUCUAUCCCAAAACCACCCAGCGGCGGAGGAGUACCCACCACACCAACCACAAGACGACGUGUAGCCAAGUAGUCAUCAUCGAUCGGAGCGCAUAGUUUCCAAUUUCAUAGGACUCAU